CCUACUUGCGACAAAGUCCGGACCAGGAGGAUUUUCAGCGGUACCAGGAACCGAGUUCAGCAGGCACUGCAGAAAUUCUGUCGGCUGACGAAGCUGUUUUGGUAAAAGUUGUCGACGCUUCUUUUUCCUGGCAUCCUGCCGAAGAUGAUAAAGACAACAAAGGCGCUCCGUCAAGCCCUGAAGUUGCUGUGACAGCAUCAACAUCUGGAUCAGGGACUACGGAGUUCCUGCUCCGCAACCUGAGCUUUGACGUUCGCAGAGGCAAUCUGGUCGCCGUGGUUGGGAGUACUGGGUGUGGCAAAACAAGUUUGCUUCUGUCGCUCCUAGGGAGCAUGGUGAGGAGAAAGGGGAAAGUUCGGUACAACUGGAAGAAAGGCGGUCGCGAUUCAGCAUUUUCGAGCGUGGGUUACGUGCCACAGAAGCCUUUCGUCCUUUCCGGGACGAUUCGUGACAACAUUUUGAUGGGUCGCGGCGCUGCCGGCGAAGAAGAUGAAACAGCUGCGAGGACGAGCGCGCUUCUCAACGAAGCCGUCCGCGGAAGCCAGCUCGCCGACGACAUGGAUCGCGGUGCGUGGACUUGGGAGACAGAGAUUGGGGAGCGGGGCACCACCCUGUCCGGCGGCCAGCAGCAGCGAUUGGCGCUCGCGCGCGCAGUAUACGGCGACCCCGAUUUCUUGGUUAUCGACGACGCUCUCUCUGCGGUGGACGGCCAUGUAGCGAACGCCAUUUUUGACAGUGUGUGCACGCGCCGCCGAUCCGGCCAGACCGUGGUGAUCGCCCUAAAUCAGCUUCAUUUUCUGCCCCGCUGUGACUACAUUCUGUUUGUGGAGAAGGGCCGCAUUGCCGCACAGGGAACGCUUGAAGAACUUCUCGGAAGUAGUGGCAGGACUCCCAUCGCUGAGGCUGAUGCUGGUACUAGUGUUUCUGCGGCCUUCAACCGCUUCUACUCCGACAACACAGGAGCAGACGAGGCUGACGUCGACAAACAAGAUCAAGAUGGCAUUAGUCCGAACGAGGAAGCUCAGAAGCAGAAAAACUCAUUUCCAGAAGCUUCGACAAAAGCAGCUACGACAGUCGUUAUUUCCGAUGAUACGACCACAAAUGAGAAAAAACCAGCUGCCGCGGCACGAACUCCCACGGAAGAUGGCGCACCUUCGAGAACAAACGGUGUUUUCGCGAAGGAGAUCACACAAACAGGACGGAUUUCGACGGUGCAGACGUUGCGACCGUUCUUUCAAAGUCUUGGCGGGUACACUUACACAGCAAAGAUGCUUGUCAUCGCAAUCAUCUGCUAUGCUGCGAUGACGUCGACCGACCUGUGGCUUUCCGACUGGGUGACGUCUACGGAGAAAAAUCGCGAAGAGUACUCGGAGAGGGAGCGCAUCUUGGUGUACAUUGGCCUCACGAUGACGCACCUUGUUGGCUUGUUCGCACUUUCGCUCUUCAACGCAAUGGCGAUGAACCGGGCCUGCAAGGAGAUCCACAACAAAGCCGCAACGACGGUGAUGCACGCACAGUGGACCUGGUUUGAGCAAACCCCGUCGGGGCGGAUUCUCUCCCGGUUUGGCGCGGAUCUCAGCGCGGUGGACCACUUCCUGCUAUCUUUCUCCGACGACGUGUGUCACAUGUUUUUCGCGGUCGUCGCCCUUGCGCUAGUAAUCGCUUUUGUGGUGCCGAUUGUCAUUCCGGUACUGGUGAUUUCUCUCGCCAUCCUCUACGUGGUGAUCAAGCGCGUGGCGUUACUUUCCAUGGAGUCGAAACGCCUGACGAACCAGGCGUUCGCCCCAGUGAUGACCUUGCUCGGCGAGUCCGGGAACGCAGGUCGGGAGGUGAUCCACGCGAUGCAGCUGCAGAAAUUUUUCCAAACCCGCAUGGCGGAACACCUGUCUGAGUUUCUGCGGUAUCGCUAUUUCACCGAGACCGUCACACACGCGGGCUUCCUCUGGGCCAGCUUAGCCGCCUACGCGAUCAGCAUCGCCGCGGCCAUUGUGAUGCUGAGUCUGCGGAAGGAUUUCGAGCCUGGGGAGGUGGGCUUGGCGCUCGCCUACUCGUUCAUCCUUCCGUAUUUCUUCUCGCUGCUAAUCCUGAUUGCGUGCUACACGGUCAACAUGAUGGUGAGUCUGGAACGGGUGUUGGAGCUGCAGAAUACAGACUUCGUGCCGCAAGACCCCCCUUGGUACACAGACACCAGUAUUGAAGUUGUCAGCAGCACUGGAGGUGGAACGAUGAAACCAAGUGCAGAUAAUUCCACCCUAGACGAAAGAAUCGCUAUCGUAUCGGUAUCACCACCCGCGCCGGUAACCCCGAACAUUCACAUCGAGUUCUCGCAAGUUUGUCUACGCUACCGCCCGCAUCUACCGCUCAGCCUGGAGAGUGUAAAUAUCACAUUUCCGAAAGGGAGCAAAAAUGGCAUCAUCGGCCGCACGGGAGCGGGGAAAAGCAGUUUGCUGGUGGCCUUGUUUCGUCUGGUGGAGAUCGAACGCGACGGGACUUUCGCUGGAUCGUUUAUUCAAAUCGACGGCGUCGACACUCAUUUCAUGGGCCUGCAGCAGUUGCGGCGGCAGAUCACCGUGAUUCCGCAGCAAACGCUUCUGCUCGAGGGAACGCUAGCUAACAACCUGGACCCUUUUGGCGAACACGAGGAAGAAGAGCUGAUUCGUAUUCUCGAGGAAGUUGGACUCCGCGAGAGUUUAAGUUUCGGAUCUGGUCAAGCACAUGACCUGUUGCAAAUGAGACUCAGUUCGAAAGAAGCCGCGAGCAAAGUGGACCCUGGUGAUGAGAAGAAGACCGCAUCGCCGGCGAAGUCCGCUGUCGUCGGAAGCAGUCCUGUGAAGACGGGCCCCCGUUCGCCGACUUCAUCGGCAGUUUCACCCGGUGAUGUGACGGUGAAGAAAAAAUCUGAGGACAAUGCGGACGAAAAUCCUCCAACGCCAACAGCCGCGGCGGUCUCUUCGAAGAGCCCGCAGGACAAAAACGAAGAGCAAGGUGGCAAGGACGAACAGCAAAAAGCAACCACCUCCCGUCUUGGCUUGUCAGCCGGACAGCAGCAAUUAUUGGCGAUUGCCCGCGCGUUGUUGAAAAAGCGGCCGAUCGUCGUUAUGGACGAGCCCACGGCUAACAUAGACAACCACACCGAUCGGCUUGUGCAGACUUUGGUACGAAAGAAAUUUCACGAUUGCACCUUGAUCACGGUUGCGCAUCGACUGCAGACCAUUCUCGAUUUUGACCGCAUUCUCGUCAUGUCCGACGGAAAAGUGGCCGAGGAUGGUGCGCCUUGGGAACUGAUAAAAAACAGCGACUCUCAUCUGAACUACAUGUUGGACAGCUACGGUCCAGACACAGCUGCGGCGCUGCGGCGUACCGCGAAUUCGGCAGCUCCGUCGGGUUGAAAACUUGUACAGUUUGAUACACCUGCAAGAUCUGUUUCUCCGGGUGACGAAUGAACUUACUGCGGACGAAAACGAUUGCACUUUACUUUGGAGGAAAUCAGAAGUUCCUCUUCAAAAUUAAUACGAAAGUGAAAACGAUUUCUCCAGGAUCGCACAGGUUGAGUUGAUGUUUUCUCCGUAGCCGAUGCCUCCCGGUGCUGUUUCGGCUUUGUUCUCUGGUAGUGG